UCUGCUUAACGUGGACAUAUUUUAUGCAGAGUAAACCAUCUCGCUUCACAUAUGCCUAUCUACUACUAGUACUACGGGUGACCAAAUUCUGUUAAAAAGGGUCACCGCGAGCUAUCUAGUCUUUGGUAAUAUGGCACUUUUCCCUUUUUUUGCAGGUUGGAUCGGUUAUUUGCUUAUUUGCCUGCUUGGAUUGAUUUUCAUCGCAUUUCUCUGUUUUUGUCUUUACAUAAAAUAUAUUCAUCUGAAAUAUGAUCACAUACCGGGACCACCAAGGGAUAGUUUUUUAUUUGGACAUUUACCAACCAUUCAGAGGGAGAUGAGCAAUGAUCGAGUUAUCCACGACAAAUUCCUGGAAUGGGCUGAGACAUAUGGACCGGUCUACCGUAUCAACGGUAUGCAUGUUGUGAUGUUGUGUGUGACCUGUCCUGAUACCACCAAGGAAGUCCUGAUGUCACCUAAGUACCCCAAAGCCCCACUGUUCUACAAGCGUCUCUUCAACCUGUUUGGACAGAGGUUUUUUGGAAAUGGCCUGGUCACAGCACAGAAUCAUGAUGAGUGGUACAAACAGCGAAGAAUAAUGGACCCUGCCUUUAGCAGUCUGUACCUGCGGGGUCAGAUGGGUGCGUUCAACGAGAGGGCAGAGAAGCUGAUGGAUAAACUGGCAGACAUGGCUGACACCAACACAGCUGCCAACAUGCAACACAUGUUCAACUGUGUGACACUGGAUGUCAUCACUAAGGUGGCGUUUGGAGUGGAGCUGGAUCUGUUGAAGGAGAGUGACUCUCCGUUCCCCAACGCAAUAGAGAUGUGUCUGAAGGGAGCGAUCCACUAUCUCAGAGACUUCACCUUCCAGUUCUACCCAAAGAACAAGAAGUUCAUCAACAAGGUGAAGAAGUCUUGUCAGCUGCUGCGUUCGACAGGCAGACAGUGGAUCAACGAGAGGAAAAUGGCCAUCCAAAACGGAGAGGACGUUCCAAAAGACAUCCUCACACAGAUACUCAAGACGGCUGGCAAAGAGGAAAUCAUAGCAAACGAUGAUGAGGAGCUUAUGCUGGACAACUUUGUGACGUUCUUCAUUGCUGGGCAAGAGACAACAGCCAAUCAACUAGCUUUUGCUGUCAUGGAACUGGGAAGGCUGCCAGAGAUAUUGACGAAGGUGAGGCAGGAAGUGGAUGACGUCCUCGGGAUGAAACAGGAAAUCAACUUCGACGACCUGGGGGAAAUGACCUACCUGUCUCAGGUUUUGAAGGAGACUCUAAGGUUGUACCCUACAGCACCAGGCACUUCUCGCUUCAUCCCCAACGACAUCGUCAUCAACGGCAUCCCCAUCCCAGCAGGAGUCACAUGCGUCUUCAAUUCGUAUGUCUGUGGAAGGUUGGAUAAGUUCUUUGAGGACCCGCUGAAGUUUGACCCAGAGAGGUUCCAUCCAGACGCUGCCAAACCCUAUUACUGCUACUACCCUUUCUCCCUGGGACCACGCUCAUGUCUGGGACAGAGCUUCGCACAGAUGGAGGCCAAGGUAGUGAUGGCCAAGCUGCUCCAGAGGUUUGACGUCAGCCUGCUGCCUGGCCAGUCCUUUGACAUCCUGGACACUGGGUCUUUGAGACCAAAGAGUGGAGUGGUGUGUAACAUCAGACACAGAGGACAGACACCCGCAGCCUGACCUGACUGGGGCCUGAACAUGACUAGUACUUCUCUAUAACUUACUUGUCUUAUUCCUUACACUUCCUAGUGGAGCAAAUUACCUCUUUCUUUCAAUGAAGCAGCUUAUUUAAAUAUCCAGCUAUUUUUAAUAAAUCGAUUUUGAACAAUUGUUUAUUUUUUGUAUCAAUGGUGAAAUAAUAUAAUCAAGCAAUAAGGCCCGACUGUGUGUGGUAUAUAGCUAAUAUACCACGGCUAAGGGCCGUUCUUAUGCACAACGUAACACGGAGGGCCUGGAUACAGCCCUUAGCUGUGGUAUAUUGGCCAUAUACCACAAACCCCCAAGGUGCCUUAUUGUUAUUAUAAACUGGUUACCAACGUAAUUAGAGCAGUAAAAAUAAAUGUUAUGUCAUACCCGUGCCAUACGGUCUGAUAUACCACAGAUUUCAGCCAAUCAGCAUAAGGGCUUGAACCACCCAGUUUAUAAUAUCUUAAAUAUAACGGUUCUAUGUGAUGAAGAGAGUUACUAGGACAGACUUGACAUAGGAGUGUUUGUUAUUGUACUGAUUCCUUGUUGCUUAAUACACCCUUAUCAUGUUGUUACUAUGCAGUAUACCUUUUAUCACAUCAUAUAAAGGUUACUAUGCAGUAUACCAUUUAUCACAUAAUAUAAAGAGCUUUAUAAAGUAUAUUAACUUUGAUGAACUUCCUAACCAACAUUACCACAGUGCCUCUGUUGGAGUGAAUUUACUGUAUUUUAAUAAAAUAAUUGACCAAACAUCA